AUGACCUCGGAUCCAGACUGCGUCAGCGGCUGGGGAACUGCGACGCACCAAAAGGUCAAUGAGACUGCUCACCAAAUCAUUUCAACUCAACUCGUCGACGCUAACAGCAUCAUGUUCCAGCUUUUCGGCUUUGCUGCCCUCCUGGGGUCGAGAAAUCUCAGCGACGACACACAGGCUCAGACGCGCUAUCGCAGUUCUGCAACGGGUAUUCCCCAGACCGAAAAUGAUCGGACACCCCGUGCGGAAGCGAAUUCAAUGCGAGAUGUCCGCCUCAUGACGCCGCGUCGCGACUCAAUCUCCUCAAAUGAGAACGACCUUCCAGGAACGCCCUACACCGGAGGGAUGUCCUUGUUAUUCAACGCGGACAUGAGACAUACCAACCCUAUCAAUCUGUCAAUCCUAAAGUUGUCCGGACCCGAUGAGUUUCUCCGUGUUGAAUCAGAAUCAGGGCAAGAGCGAAGCUGGUUCCGAGACUAG